AUGUCUGAUCAGAAUUACUACUGGACCGUCUUGCCCAGCUACAAAACAAGUUUUGUGACUGGGGCCAUGAUGAAAAGAUCGAAAAGGUAAUCUGAUUUUCUUCUAUCAUCCGAUUUGUCAAACUAUUUUAAUCAGUGAUAGUGUAAGACUUAUGAAUGGGACCCGCGCAGUUUAGCCUAUUGCGUUUCAAUUGUGCUAGUCAAAGCAAUCACCAGGCAACAGACCAAAAUGACGUCGCUUAUUAAAUAUGCUUUUUGUUGAAGAUUUUCUCUAACAGUAAUUUUCCCAUUCAUAACAAUAGCACAAAUUGGCCUUUGCUUUCAUGUUGUUCACUCUGCUUUCGCGUUGUGUUCUCUACUACAGUAUUUGUCGGUUUACAUCUGCCCUAGUUUUGUUUUUCCGAUAGAGAAACGUGGCCAUUGUAGACAAUGCGGUUAUUGUGUUAUUGUUGCCUAUGUAUUGUCUUAUAGAAGCAGCAGCUGUCCAUAGGGACACAGUGUUCUUCAUGCAGAAGGCUCACAGCUUGUUCAUUACAGUAUAGGUCCCUCAAACUCAACUCUUGACAAUGAAGCCAGUUCCACAGCUUUUUUUUAAUUGUUCCCCUCUAUUCAGGGACAGAUUUAGACCUGGGACACCAGGUGGGUGGAAUUCAGGUAGAACAGAAAACCAGCAGGCUGCAGUCCAAGUAGGGUAAGAGUUGAAUGCCGCUGGUAUAGGUUAUACUAUAGUCUAGCUAAAUAUGCAACCUGGACUCAGGGGUAGACGUAACAUAGUAAACGGAAUCCGGGAUACUCAAAUUAGUAUAUGUAGUGCUGAGCGAUUUAACCAACAUUUAGUAGUUUUUGUUUUUUAAACAACUAAUUGAUCAACGUCAGUUAAAUUAUUUGAAAUCCAUUUCCUUCAGGGUUUUUUUCUGUGAGCUUGAUGUGCAGUUUCUGUAGAGAUAAAUCAGAUCAAGCCUGAAUUGUGCGAUGUAGUAGGGAGUUGUAGUUUCCAACAGGGAAAUAUUCUACAUAAUUUAGCACAGAAAACAUGGUAUUUAACUACAAUGACCAUAAUCCAUUGCGUGCCCACUUAAACUUGUCCGGUCUGUGCGGGGCAGACAUGGAUACUGAGAGAAGAGCGAACGCGCGAUCGAGAGGGAUAGAAAGCAGUUGCUUUGCGAGCCUGAAAAUACAUGAUCUAAGUGAUUGAUAGUUGUUAUUCAGCAGUCAUAAAAGUAUGCCUUGUUUACUUUGAAGAACUACUAAAAUAAUUUUGUCAGACCGCUCUAUAGAGAUGAUGACUUGGAAUUAAAUAAUAAAGUCAUCAAAUAAAACAAACUUUUUAUUAAAAUAAUGUGAAUAACUGAUGGGCAGUAAUGGGCAGUCACCACCAUCAUGGGUCUUUUAUUAAAUGUUUUAUUCAGUGUUACAGCAUUCAUCCCACAUAAUGCAUAGUGCAUUUUAAUGUCCCCAAAAAAUAUUCGAAACCGAAAGGGACAACUGUGAUUUAAUUUUUUAAUAAUCGAACCGAAACUGAACUGACCUCUAAAAGCACUAAUCACUCAGCACUAAUGAUAUGAUAUAUUAAGUUUGGUAUGGUAUAUAUUAAUUUGUCGACGUCGUCAUCCAUUUCGUAUGAUAUGUUACGAAUUACAAUUCGUAUGAUAUGUUACGAAUUAAUUUGUGGAUGUCCAUCAUCCAUUUCGUAAUAUAUUUUAUGAAUUUGCAAUACGUUACGAAUCCCAAUUUGUUGUGGCUAACGUUAGCUAGGUUAGGGGUUAAGGUUAGCGUUAGGAGUUAGUUUAAGGGUUAGCUAACAUGCUAAGUAGUUGCUAAAAUGCUAAAGUUAUCCGUGAUGAGAUUCGAACACACAACCUUUGGGUUGCUAGACGUUCGUGUUCUACACCCACCCACCUUUUUGUUUUUGCCUUAAGUAAACUUCUGUCUUUAUAUAACCAUACCAAAUGUAACAUAUUAUACAGAUUUUAUUAUGUUACGUCUAGUGUAUGAGACCAAGCUGAAAUAUAAAGCAAAACUGUAUAAUUUACCCUUUUAAUAGCUGGGCAACGGAACACAUUUCAGCAAAUAAACGCCCGUUUCAAAUAAACGGCGGGUCUAAAUAAAUUGUUUACGAGGUUACCAUGAAUUGUUUACGAGGUUUAAUGUUUGAUGUUACAUAAAAAAAUUAACAAUUAGCUAUGCAAAUGACUAAAAGCUGUGUGCAUUAAAGCUGAAAUAUGUAAAACUUUUGGGGCGACCUGACCAAAUUAACAGAAAUGUGAGUUAUAGAUAUGACAUUCUCAAUUAAAGCAAGUCUAAGAAGCGGUAGAUCUGUUCUAUGUGCGCUAUUUCUAUGCUUCCCGUGCUUAAGUUUCGUUUUUGUACACCAGCUUCAAACAGCUGAAAAUACAAUAUCAUUGGUUAUGGAAAAUAUAUUUGACAGUGGUUUAGAUGGUACAAUGAUUCUCUACACUAUACUUGCUUGUUUGUUUUGUCACAUAAACUGAAAUUAGUCGAACUAUUAGAAUUUUAUCAACCAGGAAAUGGCAGAGCAAUUUGUGCAUAGUGAGUGCAUCUUUAAGCAAAUAAACGCCCUGGCUGUUAAUUGAAGUUUUAUGGCAUUCACAUGAAUUCCCUAUUUAGUGAUAUUAACUUUAUAGAAAAAGCAGGGUAAGCAUUGAAUAUUUCUUGGCUCUCUAAAUUUCCCUAAACAUUUUGUAUAAUUAAAAAAAACAUUUUGUAGAAAAGGUAUUUCACUACAGUAGCUUACAUUGGCGAUCCAGUCAAUAUGUGGCCUACAUGUUUGGCCAUAGCCUACUACAGUUUUUUAGAAUCCUGCCAGUGGACGUGGACAAAUCUCAAGGUGUGUCUGACAGCUAACACCAGCAGUGUCAACAGCCAAGCAUUCACCACAAUCUCUGUUUGUUCAUGACAAAUCUGGCUAUUUUUUGCACAAGCAAUACAGCUUGUUGAUAGACUGAGACAGAAACCAUUUCUAUUGACUCCGAGCGUUUUGGUUGUGAUUUGAUUUCACCUUGGCAGGUUGUUUUUGCAAAUUAACAUCGGUUAUGAAACAAUUGACCUGGAUAGAUCAAAGUUUGAUGAAUUAAUAGAUACAUUUAAUUUUAUUACAAGGGGAUCUUUUGUAUUCUCAGUCGAGUUCUGCUAUUAAACAAACAUCUCUCCCAGAUCAUGUCUUUAGGGUUGAGGGCAUGAAUCUGAUCUCCAUGGAGACUGGUGGGGACACACCCUGCAGACACUGUGGCCCUCUAAUAACAUAGACAGAGUUUUUAACCAAUGGACUGCUGAGCUAACUAAUUUGGGUUAAUCAAAGUUGUCCAAUUCAACCAAAUUAGAUGGUAAUUACUGCCCUGCCUACAUUGUGAUGGAGAAUUCUAAGCCAAAAACAAAAGGGCCAAAUUAUUUUCCAAAACACAAUUUGAAUGAUAAAUCUGCUGUAUCAUGAGUUGUUCUCAAAACCUGUGGUGAAAUGUACAUACUGUAUCAUAUAUAACUGUUUAGAUUCCACUACUUUAAUGUGUCACUUAAAGCAAUUCUCUCCCUUUCUCCACACAGUUGCCGUAACAACAAGAGAAGAAGUCUGGCAGUCGGGACAACCUCGCCCACACUCUCCCGACCACUCUCACCUCUCCCCCUUGCCACAGGUAGGUGUUGUUGUUGUCAGCCGUCUCUGCACUGCACUCAGCAUGCGAUAGAGAUACCAGACCAAUCAGCAUGAGAUAAACACAUAGCAAACCAAUCAGCAUGUGACAUUAGAGAUAGCAGACCAAUCAGACCUUUCCAGUGCAGUGUGCCAGCAGAGCACAAUGCACACAGACACAGCUAACCACAUGAUGAUAUGUGUUCAGAGUUUUCUCAAACAGACAAAUGAAAAUGCAGCAGCUGAGCUGACGAAGCUCAAAUUACUGUUUGGCUUCUGUUUUGAAGCUCUAGUUUCCGAAGAAGUUAAUGUACAGUGAGGGGGAAAAAGUAUUUGAUCCCCUGCUGAUUUUGUACGUUUGCCCACUGACAAAGAAAUGAUCAGUCUAUAAUUUUAAUGGUAGGUUUAUUUGAACAGUGAGAGACAGAAUAACAACAACAAAAUCCAGAAAAACGCUUGUCAAACAUGUUAUAAAUUGAUUUGCAUUUUAAUUAGGGAAAUAAGUAUUUGACCCCCUCUCAAUCAGAAAGAUUUCUGGCUCCCAGGUGUCUUUUAUACAGGUAACGAGCUGAGAUUAGGAGCACACUCUUAAAGGGAGUGCUCCUAAUCUCAGCUUGUUACCUGUAUAAAAGACACCUGUCCACAGAAGCAAUCAUUUAAUCAGAUUCCAAACUCUCCACCAUGGCCAAGACCAAAGAGCUCUCCAAGGAUGUCAGGGACAAGAUUGUAGACCUACACAAGGCUGGAAUGGGCUACAAGACCAUCGCCAAGCAGCUUGGUGAGAAGGUGACAACAGUUGGUGCGAUUAUUCGCAAAUGGAAGAAACACAAAAUAACUGUCAAUCUCCCUCGGCCUGGGGCUCCAUGCAAGAUCUCAUCUCUUGGAGUUGCAAUGAUCAUGAGAACGGUGAGGAAUCAGCCCAGAACUACACGGGAGGAUUUUGUCAAUGAUGUCAAGGCAGCUGGGACCAUAGUCACCAAGAAAACAAUUGGUAACACACUACGCCGUGAAGGACUGAAAUCCUGCAGCGCCCGCAAGGUCCCCCUGCUCAAGAAAGCACAUAUACAUGCCCGUCUGAAGUUUGCCAAUGAACAUCUGAAUGAUUCAGAGGAGAACUGGGGGAAAGUGUUGUGGUCAGAUGAGACCAAAAUCGAGCUCUUUGGCAUCAACUCAACUCGCCGUGUUUGGAGGAGGAGGAAUGCUGCCUAUGACCCCAAGAACACCAUCCCCACCAUCAAACAUGGAGGUGGAAACAUGAUGCUUUGGGGUUGUUUUUCUGCUAAGGGGACAGGACAACUUCACCGCAUCAAAGGGAUGAUGGACGGGGCCAUGUACCGUUAAAUCUUGGGUGAGAACCUCCUUCCCUCAGCCAGGGCAUUGAAAAUGGGUCGUGGAUGGGUAUUCCAGCAUGACAAUGACCCAAAACACAUGGCCAAGGCAACAAAGGAGUGGCUCAAGAAGAAGCACAUUAAGGUCCUGGAGUGGCCUAGCCAGUCUCCAGACCUUAAUCCCAUAGAAAAUCUGUGGAGGGAGCUGAAGGUUCGAGUUGCCAAACGUCAGCCUCGAAACCUUAAUGACUUGGAGAAGAUUGCGCAGAAGUGGAGUGGGACAAAAUCCCUCCUGAGAUGUGUGCAAACCUGGUGGCCAACUACAAGAAACAUCUGACCUCUGUGAUUGCCAACAACGGUUUUGCUACCAAGUACUAAGUCAUGUUUUGCAGAGGGGUCAAAUACUUAUUUCCCUCAUUAAAAUGCAAAUCAAUUUAUAACAUUUUUGACAUGCGUUUUUCUGGAUUUUUUUGUUGUUAUUCUGUCUCACUGUUCAAAUAAACCUACCAUUAAAAUUAUAGACUGAUUUUUUGUUUGUCAGUGGGCAAACGUACAAAAUCAGCAGGGGAUCAAAUACUUUUUUCCCCUCACUGUAUCACUAUCUCCCUACUGCGAAACCAGAGGGGUUUGUGUCGCUUUAGGGGAAUAACUGAUUAAAUAUACUUCACAUGAAAGAGAUAAAGGUUUCAUUCAUGGUUAUUGAUUGUGAGCCUGUGGCGGAUUUAGGGAAUCUGAGACUUGUUAUCCUCUUCCAUUGUAACAAGCGGACAGACAAGCUUAUUUUCAUCAUAACAAAUCCGGUUGGCCAGACAGUUAAUAAAAGUUUAAUGCUACGGAUGGAGUCGAGACUUAUCAAGGGAGCGUGCGUUAGGCCUAUCACAAAAACCCUGUCCUCUCCAGACCACAUGGUUGUAAAUAUGCGUUGAGUUUAUUGAAUUCUGUUCCACCUGAGACUGAUUUGCUUUGCAUUUAGGGUCGCUUGUCCUUUUAUUUGUGCGUCAUCAGCUCCCAAGAAUGACAGCAAACUGCAGUUAUAACAACAUGCCCUAUUUCUUCAUUAUUAAAAACAUGUCCCAGUGAUAAAACUCUGACAGUCUGAUUGUUGUGUUUCAGCUGGAAGUAGUCCCCAAGAAAGCUCCAGAAAUGUCUCUGCCGGUGCCUCGGCCAACUUCCAGUUUGCGCGCAGGUAAGAAAAAGUCCAAUCUUCCUUUCAAUAAAUACAGUUUAAUAGAAGCAAUUUACUUUUUAAUUUGACGGUAUUAUUGAAGCUCCAAAAGUAUUGACAAAUGUUUUGUUAUUUUGGCUCUGUACGCCAGCAUUUUGGAUUUGAAAUGAUAUAAUGACUGAGGUUAAUGUGCAGACUGUCAGCUUUAAUUUGAGGGUAUUUUCAUCCAUAUAGGGUGAACCGUUUACAAUUUACUGCACGUUUUGUACAUAGUCCCCCCAUUUCAGGGGACCAAAAGUAUUGGGACAAAUUCACUUAUGGGUAUUAAAGUAGUACAAAGUUAAGUAUUUGGUCCCAUAUUCAUAGCACACAAUGACUACAUCAAGCAUGUGACUCUACAAAUUUGUUGGAUUCAUUUGCUGUUUGUUUUGGUUGUGUUUCAGGUUAUUUGGUGCCCAAUAGAAAUGAAUGAUAAAUCAUGUCCUGUCAAAAAGGAUAGAUCCUCCCAGAAUUGUAUAGGAACGAGAUGGUUUGGUACAGUAGGUAACCUCCAUCACUCCCAUGACAACAGCAAUGCAUCAAAAACCUCUAUUAAUGAGGAGGACGGUGCUUUAGAGCGAAUCCAGCCGAAUGGCUCUAGGGGCACUCACGGGACAUGGGACUUGGCAUUUGUCAGUGCGAAUAAAGGGAGAGUCACUGUGCAGUGCUCACACUCGUUACUUGGGGCUGCCAUUAUGAUGCGAUACAGACAGAGCCUUAUGUCGAGUCUGUCAUGCUUCACAUUGACUGUAAGCAAGCCCACUACUGGAUACAAGCAUCCACUUCAGUGGUAAACAGUGCAACCUAGUCAGGCUCGAGGACGGUGAGGUAAAGCCUUUUCCGGUACAGUAUCAGUGUACCAUAAGCCCUAAAGAUAAGUGGGGGAAAUCACAUGGAACUUUUUAGCCGUGCGCAAGGUUGCGUUAACUUACAUGACACAGCUAAAUUUACUGAGGUUUCCGAGAUGCCGAUGUAGACAGAUGCUGUGGCUGCACUAUGUAAAGUGAUGUGCUGGGAUAGUUGUUGUCCUACUCAUAGAUUGCAGUCUGUUGUGUAUGCAAUUAUUUGGCCAUGGAAACAACACCAUGCGAGAAAUACUGUCACAAUAAAGUGGGUGCUAUGGGUAUCAUUCAAUCAAAGCUGUUAUCAGAACUUUGUUAUGGUGGAAAAUUCCCAGGUUAUGUAAACAUUUUCCAGGUGCUGCAAGAAAGUGUGUUUUGAUUAAUGUACUAAAGCAAAUGUUUUCCUGUGUGAAACAAGAAGGGACUCAACUGUACACUACUUAUCAAAUACAAUUCUCCCAUUGUUUUGGCUUACCCGGAAACCUCUGUACACGGGUAUUGAUUGAUUAAAGAUCAGCAUAUCAAAACAGUCUCCCUUUACCUUCCUCUCCUACCUUUUAAUAUUAAAUAAUAUCACUAUUGUUAACCCCUUACACUCGUGGAAAUUGGCCUAUAUGGAUAGGGCUAAAUUGAAAUGUUUCUAACAUAAUUAUAGAACGCAUACGCAUGACCAUGGUUGCAAUUGAAAGAGAACACUUUGGAGAUUAUGGGGAAAAAAUAAGACAAGGAAAAAUGAUUACAGGGGUUUGAGUAGGAGGUCUAACUGGUGUCCACACACCUCCAAACUUCCAUUGAGGAAGUGUUUGGAACACAGCCUUGCAUCCCCACCAUCGCACAAUUAUGGCCUAUAUACAAUUACUGUUGUUUACGCAAUCCAAAAACGUUCCAUUUAAAUCGCAAUCUUGAUCAGGUGGGCAUCAUUUGAAAGCUUAUUCUAUUGACAACAUGGCUACCUCAGUUAUAAAAUACGAUCGUACGGUGUUAGGCUUUCAAAAGGCACUUCAGACAAACAGAUUGUAAUUUUGGUGCGCAUAGAAUGGAGUCAUGAGUGUAUUGAAGUGCGUGUUCUGUGGCAAAUUUUCUUCACAAUACGACAGAGGCUCAUUCUGUUCAGGACAACCCAGGGUAUAACGCAGGUCAUCCUUGUAACUGUGGAUCAAACAAAGUGAUCAUAAACAUUGAUACUGUAAAUUACAUGAGUUUUCAAAUAUGGAAAUGUGAAGUGCACAUUUGGACUCCUGGGUGUGUGGUUUGCUUGUAUGACAUCAAAGUGGUAUUUAUUAUAAUCCUCAAUGUCUCAUCCUUCAGAACACAUCGACGACUCUCGAUUUACAGCAUUUCCCUCACUCAGACAACAACAAAUGUGCAAAAGUAGCCCAAUUUAGCAGGAGGGAUGGGGGGGGGGGGGGGGGGGGACUUUUUGUUGCGCGCAGUGCUCAAGUUUAUAACGGCUGUCAAUCAAAACCCAUAGAGCGCUGUGAAGUGGAGAACCUGAGUUCUGACGUCAUGUAUAGCAUGUUACUGUACAGCCACUGCGUUCCCAUUUAGGCGCAUAUCAAUGACAAAAUCUGCCAUUUUCAACCCGUAUACGGGAUGAUGGGACCUAUGAGUGGAAAGGUUUAAUAAUACAUCUGAGAUAUGAAGCGAAAGAGACAUAUUCCAGCCGACUAAUCCUUGCCCUGAUACCCACAGAAACCCCAAUCUCAUUAAGUCAGACCUGAUUUGUCGACAUGUCAGUCAAGCUGGUUUUACAGGGCGCUAACCUGACACAUGAGGAAUAUUGUGCCACACUUGCCAUUAUGGAUCGACUCCAUCCUUAAACCUGUCAGGGAAAUGGGGGGGGGGGGGGGGGGAUGGGCCCCAAAGUGACAUGUCUGUCAACAUGGAGUGUCACAUUUAGUAAAUGAGGAAGUUGUGGUGAGGUGGGAGAUUUGGCUAGGAUGUAAACCAAAGUGGUUGAGCUGAAGGGUAGUGAAGUGUGUGUGUGUGUGUGUGUGUGUGUGUGUGUGUGUGUGAAAUGACUCAUUAGGCAGGUGCCAAUGUGUUCAUGGCAUUGUGGUCUGAUAUCAGCUCGGCAGGUGUUCAGAACCUUGACUCCAGUCUGUGAGCUUCUGACAGCUUCACUGUGUCACUGACUGUUUGUUUUCUGUCUGUCUGUGCGUCUCGGUCUCUCUCUCUGUCUCAUAAUGUGAUGAACCAGCCACCUGGCCCGCACUGAAAGGUAGGAAAACAUUGUAUCCUUUUUUCUUCUUAUGUCAAUUAAAUUAUACUUCAUUUAAACAUAUUAAACAGCCUUUGGUAGUGCUUCAUGAUUUAACUCUCAAGAGGAUAUGUAAGAAAUUUAAACGCUCACAAGUGCCAUGUCUUUCCAGAGCGGAUGGGCGAAGAUGGUCUGUGGCCUCCGUCCCCUCGUCAGGCUAUGGCACCAACCCCCCCAGCUCCUCAGUGUCUGUAAGUCGUCCCUCUCUUCCUCAUUAAAUAUGUAAGCCCUUCGUCCUCAAAGACCAGCAAGGGAGCGUUUUGCCUUGUCGUCAAUACUCUAUAACUGUCAAUCAAAUGUCUAUGGAGCAACACCACCUUGUACAGUAAACCCAUAUGACAUGUAGCUGUUAAGUUCAGUAUUUAAGGUUAGUAAUAGAAAGUAAGUCCAGGUAAGACAUUUUAUAUAGUAGAAGACCGCUAAACAGGAACCAGAGUAGACGAGGCACAUGCAAAAAAUUUCAUUUUCUCUGUGUCCUUUUGGGGGUUCGUGUUGCAUGUUCUGUUUUAGGCGCUUGUCCGGGAUAUUCUGUGUGUGUGCCUUGUCCUUGUUCCGGGAUGUAAGUCUCCUGGCCUUGACAUGGCUGUAAUGGUUCACCACAGAAUGGGAUUAACGUUCAUCUCUAUAUUGUCCGUUGGCAGUGUCCCCUAUAAACAGCUGAGUGUCCAUGGUGUUCUUUCAGCACAACUGUGAAUUAUGUAAACCAGCUGUGGAACAGGGUUGUAAGAGCAGAACACAUGAGUCACCUCAUGGGAGAACAGUAAUACUGAUGAAACGCCUCGCAAGCCCUUCUCAUCCAUCUUAAGCUUUUUGUCAGUGUUUUGGCUUGAGGGAGGUAUGGUAGAGCAGAACUUAGGAAAAUGACUACUUUGUAGUUUUUGUACAAUGAUUUAUUCAUUAACCCCCAUGAUUAAAAGCCCAAAAUGACCUAAUUUGAAGUGAAAUCCUCACUUAUCUUUUCAGUUGCUCAGGGCAUUGGUUGUUUGCUUUGCACUGCUUAACAUAAUUUCUCCCAAGGUUAUUAUAGUUUGGUAUUUUUAUAUUCGUUUUUAUUGUCAUUCGUUUUUAAUUAUCCCGGCCGCGACCGGGAGACCCAUGGGGCGGCGCACAAUUGGCCCAGCGUCGUCCAGGGUAGGGGAGGGAAUGGCCGGCAGGGAUGUAGCUCAGUUGGUAGAGCAUGGCGUUUGCAACGCCAGGGUUGUGGGUUCGAUUCCCACGGGGGGCAAAUAUGGAAAAAAUAUAUAAAAUAAUGUAUGCACUCACUAACUGUAAGUCGCUCUGGAUAAGAGCGUCUGCUAAAUGACUAAAAUGUCAAUGUAAAAUGUAAUUAGAAAUUCCGUUUAGUUCAGUUAGUUUUCAGACCUGAUUUGCUAGUUUUUAUUCCAUUUUAAUUGUAAAAACAAUUAUAUAUAAAUUCUUAGUAAAGUCUUAAUUUUAUUAUAAAAUUAUAAAGUCAAUUUCAAUGUGACUUAGAUUGAAUAGGAAUAGCGCUGAGACUAGUGCAAAAAAAUGUGUUUAUAUCAAUCCAAUCCUUUUCAAAUUUUAAUAGUACAUGUAACAAGAAUCAAGUUAGCUACCUGUUGAUAGUGAUGCACAAGCUAGGUAUGAAAAGCUUGAAAUUGCCAUUUUCUGACUGCAUUUACCCACCAGAUUCAGAUCCUCCAAAAAGCUUGAAAACCCCAUUACAUUUUUUUUGCCCAAAGUUUUGAAAAAACAAUACAACUGAAUAUAAUUCAUGAUGGUUUUUAUUUAAUUUUAGUUCGUUUUGGAGUCAAAGAUAAGUUUCCGUAUAGUUUUAGUUUUUCAUACAGGUUUGUUAAUUAUUUUAUUUCAGUUUACUAAAUCGUUUUUUCAUGACUAGUUUUGGUUUACUAUAAUAACCUUGUCUCCCAGCACCAUUUCAGUGUGGCGGGACCCUUUUUCCUAGCUAUAUUUUCCCCAGCCUAAGAUAAUUUAUCACCUAUUGUGGAAACUCAGGUUAAUAAUAAACCCUAGACCUGUGAAAAACGGCAUCACCAGCCAGACGAGUACUGGAUGACAUUGCACAAUACCUCGUACUGCACUGUAUUAUUAUACAGAAAGUAAAACCAAGGGCAACUAAAUCUGUCAGCUGUGUCUGUGUCUGUGUCUUGCGGCAUUGUUUCCUUAUUUUGGAGUUGUCGAAAGACACCCCAGCAGGCGGACAAACAAGACCCAUUCUAUCCAGGCCCCUAUGGUUGGGCUGUGAUUUUCGAUGGCUAAAUGCAUGGCUUAGGCAGUGAGGUCAGUCCCUCCCCUCCCACACAAUACCCCAUUCACUGCCCGUUGUCAGUUAACUCAUUAUGUAGCGCUAGGCACGGACGCCUCUCCGGUUUCCUCCUCUGAGAAAAGGUCAGAUGAUCCUCGCCUCCUUCAAUGAAACACAAGCUUCUGGACGCUAAUAAAUUCCACUGUCUGCGUGUCGCACAUUUGGUUUUAAAUGAAAAUACACACUGCCAACUGUGCCUCGGGCUACUGGGGAAACCAAUACUGGUUCUGGUGACACACUGAAAGCUCACCAAAUCCUUUUUUAAAGACCAAACUGGAUGCAGGAUGUCGUGCGCUUAUUGCACAGUUCCACGAAAUCCAAUUUAGCUUGACAUUUAGUUGGCUCUAUAGAAACAUCAGACAAUUCAGCUACUAAGCAUUAUGCAUCGUCUUCUAAUACGUGGCAAGGCGAUGUUAUAGCCUACUAUUUUCAGCCAUGAUCUCAUUUAUCUUCAGAGCUGACCUAACCUGAAAACACUGUUUUGUCAGCACUUUUUUAAAAAUCAACAUAGAUAAUGAGUUCACAAAGGGCGUUGAUUUGAUUGCAUGUACACAUUUACAGGAACUCUAGCUUGUUGUUGGUGUAUCAAGGCCUCAGGGCCCCAUGUUAUGGAAAAAAAAAAACUUUGUUAGAACACAUACUGAUCUCUCUUUUUCUUCCCCCCUCUCUCUUUCGCUCUACCUCCUCCCCCAGUCGUCGUCCUCCUCCCAGGAGCUCUUGCACCAGCUGCCCUUCCAGCCCACGGCAGAUGAGCUUCAUUUCCUGUUUAAACACUUCCGGAGCACGGAGAGUGUGGCGGACGAGGAAGGGCAGCCCUCAUCCCUUGUGAGGCUCCGCUCCCGCAGUCUUAGGUAGGCACACCACCAAUCAGACCACCAACACACUUACAGUUUGCAUUUAUUCAUCUGCACAACAGUUGAAGUGUUAAAGGAAAGAUUCAAAAUAAAAUAAAAUUGUAUUGGUCACAUGCGCCGAAUACAACAGGUGUAGACUUUACUGUGAAAUGCUUACUUCGAUUCACCCAUUUUGAAUGUUAUAUUGUUUUUGCGCAUCCCUCAUUUCAUGUUUUCAUGUGUAUCUGAGCUAUUGCCGUUCAAGCAGGCAGAAAGUCGGCCAGUUUGAUGUAGCAUUGGGAUAAACUACAUGGGAAAUGAAUAAGAAUACAACUUUUAGAUCGAAAACGUCUAUCAUGCAUGUCAGAUUUCAAUACUGUCCGAUGUCAUAACGCAGGAGAUUGUCUUCUCUUGAAUGAGCCAUUGAUCAUAUAACUAGCUACUUCACAUGUUGAUAUUGACUUUGGUACUAUUGUGUCCAGGCUCUGUCAUAGCCGGCUGCGACCGGGAGACCCAUGGGGCGGCACACAAUUGGCCCAGCGUUGUCCAGGGUAGGGUAGGGGAGGGAAUGGCCGGCAGGGAUGUAGCUCAGUUGGUAGAGCAUGGCGUUUGCAACGCCAGGGUUGUGGGUUCGAUUCCCACGGGGGGCCAGUAUGAAAAAAUAAAAAAAUAAUGUAUGCACUCACUAACUGUAAGUCGCACUGGAUAAGAGCAUCUGCUAAAUGACUAAAAUGUAAAUGUAGCUACGUUUGCUUGAUAGCUAGCUAGCUAGCUAGCUAGCAAGCCAACCUAAAGAGAAAGCAUUGCAUUGUGGGUUUUGUAGUGGAGUUUAGCUGCAACAGAUUUCCACAACGAUUUUCACGUUGCUACCAACCUUUUUAUAACGACAAAAUGAAACAAAAGUAUUGUUCUCACAUUAGUGUUAUUUAACACUAAAUUAUAGGAAUUAGUGUGUUUUUUCUAGGUAGCGUUAGCUAGCGCUAGUCAGCUGUACCUGCGCCAAAACUCCGUCAUUGUUCGUCCUAUAACUUGUUCGCCAUCUUCUUUUUAAAUAUUGAGCCACUUUUUUUAUUUUCUCAUGCUCUCGCUUGUGUUUGCAAAUCAAAUGUUAUUCGUCACAUGCGCCAAAUACAACAGGUGUAGACCUUACGGUGAAAUGCUUACUUACAAGCCCUUAACCAACAAUGCAGUUAUGAAAAUAUUUACUAAAUAAAUAAAAAUAAGAGCAACAAUAAAAUAACAAUAACGAGGCUAUAUACAGGGGGUACCGGUACUGAGUCAAUGUGCGGGGGUACAGGUUAGUCAAGGUAAUAUGUACAUGUAGGUAGGGGUAAAGUGACUAUGCAUAGAUAGUAAACAGCGAGUAGCAGCAGCGGAAAAAACGGGGGGGGGGGGGGGGGGUGUAAAUGCAAAUUGUCCGGGUAGCUAUUUGAUUAGCUGUUCAGCAGUCUUAUGGCUUGGGGGUAGAAGCUGUUAAGAAGCCUUUUGGACCUAGACUUGGCGCUCCGGUACCUCUUGCCGUGCGGUAGCAGAGAGAACAGUCCGACUAGGGUGGCUGGAGUCUUUGGCAAUUUUUAGGGCCUUCCUCUGACACCGCCUGGUAUAGAGGUCCUGGAUGGCAUGAAGCUUGGCCCCAGUGAUGUACUGGGCCGUACGCACUACCCUCUGUAGCGCCUUGCUGUCGGAGGCCGAGCAGGUGCCAUACCAGGCGGUGAUUCAACCGGUCAAGAUACUCUCGAUGGUGCAGCUGUGGAACUUUUUGAGGAUCUGAGGACCCAUGCCAAAUCUUUUCAGUCUCCUGAGGGGGAAUGGCUGUCUUGGUGUGUUUGGACCAAAAUAGUUUGUUGGUGAUGUGGACUUGAAGCUCUCAACCUGCUCCACUACAGCCCCGUCGAUGAGAAUGGGGGCAUGCUCGGCCCUCCUUUUCCUGUAGUCCACGAUCAUCUCCUUUGUCUUGAUCACGUUGAGGGAGAGGUUGUUGUCCAGGCACCACACUGCCAGGUCUCUGACCUCCUCCCUAUAGGCUGUCUCAACGUUGUCGGUGAUCAGGCCUACCACUGUUGUGUCGUCGGCAAACUUAAUGAUGGUGUAGGAGUGUUGCUUUUGUCCAGGUGGGAAAGGGCAGUGUGGAGUGCAAUAGAGAUUGCGUCAUCUGUGGAUCUGUUGGGGCGGUAUGCAAAUUGGAGUGGCAGCAGACAUAUAGUGAGCAAUAUGUUCCCAGAUAGCACACAUACGUCUGCCCAGCGUAGGGAAGAUGUAUACAGGAUACAUUGGGAAGAUGCAGUUUAGACAGCGUUUGUUCAUUGGCAAGACGUCUUGCAGAUGUAUUUAGAAUGCCUACAUUCUAAGUUCUACAUUGUUUAUACUGUAUGUUGGCCAGACAUCACGACUCUAUUCUGUCUCGCUGACAUCUUCCCAAGGUGCAAACGCUCUCCAAACUACAUAUUCCCCACACAAUUUGAUAUGUCGGCCAAAGUUGUGCGCGUUAUCAGGGUUUGGAACGUCAAAUCAUAAAAUCGGUGUAUCGGCCUCCCGAGUGGCGCAGUGGUCUAAGGUACUGCAUCGCAGUGCUAACUUUGCCGCUAGAGAUCCUGGUUCGAUUCCAGGCUCUGUCGCAGCCGGCCGCGACCGGGAGACCCAUGGGGCGGCACACAAUUGGCCCAGCGCCAUCCAGGGGAGGGUUUGGCCGGCAGGGAUGUCCUUGUCCCAUCGCGCACUAACGACUUCUUUGGCGGGCCCGGGAAGUGCACGCUGACUCAGUCGCCAGGUGUACGGUGUUUCCUCCAGCACAUUGGUGCGGCUGGCUUCCAGGUUAAGCGGGCACUGUGUCAAGAAGCAGUGCGGCUAGGUUGGGUUGUGUUUUGGAGGACGCACGACUCUCGAUCUUUGCCUCUCCCGUGUCCAUACGGGAGUUGUAGCGAUGGGACAAGACUUACUACCAAUUGGAUACCACGAAAUUGGGGAGAAAAAGGGGGUAAAAUACCAACAAAAAUAUAUAUAUAUAAAAUAAAUAUAUAUACAGUCGUGGUCAAAAGUUUUGAGAAUGAUACAAAUAUUAAUUUUCACAGUCUGCUGUCUCAGUUUUUAUGAUGGCAAUUUGCAUAUACUCCAGAAUGUUAUGAAGAGUGAUCAGAUGAAUUGCAAUUAAUUGCAAAGUCCCUCUUUGCCAUGAAAAUGAACUUAAUCCCCCCAAAAACAUUUCAGCCCUGCCACAAAAGGACCAGCUGACAUCAUGUCAGUGAUUCUCUCGUUAGCACAGGUGAGAGUGUUGACGAGGACAAGGCUGGAGAUCACCCUGUCAUGCUGAUUGAGUUAGAAUAACAGACUGGAAGCUUUAAAAGGAGGGUGGUGCUUGAAACCAUGGUUACCUGCAAGGGAACACGUGCCGUCAUCAUUGCUUUGCACAAAAAGGGCUUCACAGGCAAGGAUAUUGCUGCUAGUAAGAUUGCACCUAAAUCAACCAUUUAUUGGAUCAUUAAGACCUUCAAGGAGAGAGGUUCAAUUGUUGUGAAGAAGGCUUCAGAGCGCCCAAGAAAGUCCAGCAAGCGCCAGGACCGUCUCCUAAAGUUGAUUCAGCUGCGGGAUCGGGGCACCACCAGUACAGAGCUUCCCCAGGAAUGGCAGCAGGCAGGUGUGAGUGCAUCUGCACGCACAGUGAGGCAAAUACUUUUGGAGGAUGGCCUGGUGUCAAGAAGGGCAGCGAGGAAGCCACUUCUCUCCAGGAAAAACAUCGGGGACAGACUGAUAUUCUGCAAAAGGUAGAUUGGACUGCUGAGGACUGGGGUAAAGUUUUUUCUCUGAUGAAUCCCCUUUCCGAUUGUUUGGGGCAUCCGGGAAAAAAGCUUUUCCAGAGAAGACAAGGUGAGCGCUACCAUCAGUCCUGUGUCAUGCCAACAGUAAAGCAUCCUGAGACCAUUCAUGUGUGGGGUUGCUUCUCAGCCAAGGGAGUGGGCUCACUCACAAUUUUGCCUAUGAACAUAGCCAUGAAUAAAGAAUGGUACCAACACAUCCUCCGAGAGCAACUUCUCCCAACCAUCCAAGAACAGUUUGAUGACGAACAAUGUCUUUUCCAGCAUGAUGGAGCACCUUGUCAUAAGGCAAAAGUGAUAACGAAGUGGCUCGGGGAACAAAACAUCGAAAUGAUGGGUCCAUGGCCAGGAAACUCCCCAGACCUUAAUCCCAUUGAGAACUUGUGGUCAAUCCUCAAGAGGCGGGUGGACAAACAAAAACCCACAAAUUCUGACAAACUCCAAGCAUUGAUUAUGCAAGAAUGGGCUGCGGCCCAGAAGUUAAUUAACAGCAUGCCAGGGCGGAUUGCAGAGGUCUUGAAAAAGAAGGGUCAACACUGCAAAUAUUGACUCUUUGCAUAAACUUAAUGUAAUUGUCAAUAAAAGCCUUUGACACUUAUGGAAUGCUUGUAAUUAUACUUCAGUAUACCAUAGUAACAUCUGACAAAAAUAUCUAAAAACACUGAAGCAGCAAACUUUGAAGACCAAUACUUGUGUCAUUCUCAACCUUUGACCACGACUGUAUAUAUCAUCUGUGUAUUGAAUAUCGUAUCGGCACCUAAGUAUCGGGAUAAUAUCGUAUUGUGAGGUCCCUGGCAAUUCCCAGCCCUUGCAAAUAGAUAGCCAAUCUGUCAAGGCUCACAUAGAAUUAUGUGAUUACGAGCAGCAGUAGUUCCUGGUUUUGGGUUUUCAUCUUUGCUUAUUUGGACGAAUCAAGAUUGGGCCAAGGCGGUGCUUAAACUGGUGCGGUGAUUUUCAAGCCCGUGUUCGGAUGAUAAACAGUUUCCACUAGAUUCCACAGCCACAAAAUCAAAAUUGGCUGUAUCGUAAAAAAUUCAUGAAAACACGUGUGAAAUUAGUGGAAGGGAGUGGAUUGGCUGAGAGUUUCCAUUUGCGAGGGAGGAGACUUCGCUUCUUUCCUUUGCACGAAGGUAAUCACAAUUGUUAACGGCAUUCCCCCAAGAUGUAAAAGAAGAAAUGACAAACUUUUGCGAGAAUUUUACUUUUGGGUAACUGAGAUUGUCAUGAUUUGCUUAGUGACUUGCUUAUCUCAUUCACGAUUCUUUCACAUUGGUUUAGGUUCGUACCCAUGAACAGAGGUGGCUUUUGCAUCUGCUAUGCAUAAAGCUAUUGAAUACUGAGAUUGGUGACUACAUCCAGCCAUCCAGGCUCUGCUUGCAUCAGUGUUUAUUUUCUUAAUUUAGAAUAGGAAAAAGCAAAACGAGUCAGUCAGUUAUCCUUCUCCUCUUUCAACCACUUUAAGAAGACCAAGUCGGCCAGAGAGAAAAUGCCAAAAGAGAUUAGGAUGGUCAAAUCAUUAUGCAACAGAAUUAAGUCCAUUUUGUAAUGAAGUUCAGAUUGAGUUCAGACAUGACAAGGGAUUGUAUUAAACAGUUACUCUGUGGGGUGCCCUAGAAAUGGUGCUCUGGACAAAUGUUGAUAUAUUUUACAGUUAUGGGGAUCCCCACAACCGUACUAUUUUUAACUGAUGCAACUUCCCCGAUUUAUUAAAGGGGAAACUUUAAAAAAAAAUUCAACUUCAUAUUCAUCACCACCCCAACAUCAACAUACAGUGCGUUCGGAAACUAUUCAGACCCCUUGACUUUUCCCACAUUUUGUUACGCUACAGCCUUAUUCUUAAAUGGAUUUAAUAGUUUUUUCCCCCUUCAUCAAUCCACACACAAUACCCCAUAAUGACAAAGCAAAAAAAGGUUUUUAGAAAUUUUAGCUAAUUUAUUACAAAGAAAAAACGUAUUACAUUUACAUAAGUAUUCAGACCCUUUACUCAGUACUUUGUUGAAGCACCUUUGGCAACGAUUACAGCCUCGAGUCUUCUUGGGUAUGAUGCUACAAGCUUGGCACACCUGUAUUUGGGAGUUUCUCCCAUUCCUCUCUGCAGAUCCUCUCAAACUCUCUCAGGUUGGAUGGGGAGCGUCACUGCACAGCUAUUUUCAGGUCUCUCCAGAGAUGUUCGAUCGGGUUCAAGUCCGGCCUCUGGCUGGGCCACUCAAGGACAUUCAGAGACUUGUCCCAAAGCCACUCCUGCGUAGUCUUGGCUGUGUGCUUAGGGUCAUUGUCCUGUUGGAAGGUGAACCUUUGAAACAUCAAGGAUGAUCAAUGGAAACAGGAUGCACCUGAGCUCAAUUUCGAGUCUCAUAGCAAAGGGUCUGAAUACUUGUGUAAGUAAGGUAUUUCUAAUAUUGUAUUUUUUUGCCUGUUUUCGCUUUGUCAUGGGGUACUGUGUGUAGAUUGAUGAGGAAUUGUUUAUUUAAUCCAUUUUAGAAUAAGGAGUCUGAAUACUUUCCCAAUGCACUGUAUGUGAAAAUAGUGCGUUUAUGUUCUGUAGUAAAAAAGAUGGAGGAAGAUACAGUUGAAGUCGGAGGUUUACAUACACCUUAGCCAAAUACAUUUAAACUCAGUUUUUCACAAUUCCUGACAUUUAAUCCUAGUAAAAAUGCCCCGUCUUAGGUCAGUUAGGAUCACCACUUUAUUUUAAGAAUGUGAAAUGUCAGAAUAAUAGUAGAGAGAAUGAUUUAUUUCAGCUUUUAUUUCUUUAAUCACAUUCCCAGUGGGUCAGAAGUUGACAUACACUCAAUUAGUAUUUGGUAGCAUUGCCUUUAAAUUGUUUAACUUGGGUCAAAUGUUUCGGGUAGCCUUCCACAAGCUUCCCACAAUAUGUUGGGUGAAUUUUUGCCCAUUCCUCCUGACAGCGCUGGUGUAACUGAGUCCGGUUUGUAGGCCUCCUUGCUCGCACCCGCCUUUUCAGUUCUGCCCACACUUUUUCUAUAGGAUUGAGGUCAGUGCUUUGUGAUGGCCACUCCAAUACCGUGACUUUGUUGUCCUUAAGCCAUUUUGCCACUACUUUGGAAGUAUGUUUGGGGUCAUUGUCCAUUUGGAAGACCCAUUUGCGACCAAGCUUUAACUUCCUGACUGAUGUCUUGAGAUGUUGCUUCAAUAUAUCCACAUAAUUUUCCUUCCUCAUGAUGCCAUCUAUUUUGUGAAGUGCACCAGUCCCUCCUGCAGAAAAGCACCCCCACAGCAUGAUGCGGUCACCCCUGUGCUUCACGGAUGGGAUGUUGUUCUUUGGCUUGCAAGCCACCCCGUUUUUCCUCCAAACAUAACGAUGGUCAUUAUGGCCAAACAGUUCUAUUUUUGUUUCAUCAGACCAGAGGAAAUUUCUCCAAAAAAUACGAUCUUUGUCCCCAUGUGCAGUUGCAAACCGUAGUCUGGCUUUUUUAUGGUGGUUUUGGAGCAGUGGCUUCUUCCUUGCUGAGCGGCCUUUCAUGUUAUGUCAAUAUAGGACUCGUUUUACUGUGGAUAUAGAUACUUUUGUACCUGUUUCCUCCAGCAUCUUCACAAGGUCCUUUGCUGUUGUUCUGAGAUUGAUUCCAAAGUACGUUCAUCUCUAGGAGACAGAACGCGUCUCCUUCCUGAGCCGUAUGACGGCUGCGUGGUCCCAUGGUGUUUAUACUUGCAUACUAUUGUUUGUACAGAUGAACGUGGUACCUUCAGGCGUUUGAAAAUUGCUCCCAAGGAUGAACCAGACUUGUGGAGGUCUACAAAAAUGUUUCUGAGGUCUUGGCUAAUUUCUUUUGAUUUUCCCAUGAUGUCAAGCAAAGAGGCACUGAGUUUGAAGGUAGGCCUUGAAAUACAUCCACAGGUACACCUCCAAUUGACUCAAAUGAUGUCAAUUAGCCUAUCAGAAGCGUCUAAAGCCAUAACAUCAUUUUCUGGAAUUUUCCAAGCUGUUUAAAGGCACAGUCAACUUGGUGUACGUAAACUUCUGACCCACUGGAAUUGUGAUACAGUGAAUUAUAAGUGAAACAAUCUGUCUGUAAACAAUUACUUGUCAUGCACAAAGUAGAUGUCCUAACCGACUUGCCAAAACUAUAGUUUGUUAAAAAGAAAUGUGGAGUGGUUGAAAAACGAGUUUUAAUGACUCCAACCUAAGUGUAUGUAAACUUCCGACUUCAACUGUAAGUGUUUCCAAUGGCAUCGGUGUGCAUCCUGUGAUUUUGACCAAUUGUGCAUUGUCUACUAAUUGGUUGAUGUCAUUGGAAACACUUAUUUCUUUAUCUUUUUUACUACAAAAACAUGCCAUUUAAACAUACAGUAUGUUGAUGUUGGGCUGGUGCUGGUGCUGUGAGCCCCACAAUCUUGGACACCCAUGUAAUUGAGCCCAAGUCAAGACAACAAGUGUGGUCAUGACUACAUAACUGUUUGAACUAAAUGUUGCCAUAAGUAGCAUUUGAUACAUGUUUUCUCUGCUUACAGUUGAACUACUAGUCAACUGUAAAAUUGCUAAUAAUCGUAGCACAAUGUGCAUUAGAAAGAUAAUUUGUGCUAUAAUGAAGAAAUUGAGUGAUUAUUUUCUUUUUUUCUUCCUCCAGUCCUGGUCGGACAUGUGGCACCUUUGAUAAUGAGAUUGUAAUGAUGAAUCACGUUUACAAAGAGCGCUUUCCCAAGGUAGGUAUUAUUUUCUGACUCGCCACACUUUUUUUUUCUAGCACAUCAAUAGAUUCAUCCUCUUCACAAAAUACUUUCAGUGUCUACUUUUAUAUUUAACUUUUAUCUGCUUUUUAAUUGUCUAUGAAGUGCAUUGACAUGCAUUGUGUUGGUGACACACACGUUCAAGUUUAUCGUAACAUUUGAUGUGAUCUCUAGGCCACAGCCCAGAUGGAGGGGCGGCUGCUGGACAUCCUCGCUGACUGCUCCCCAGACAGCACUCUGCCUCUGGCCGACGGCGUGUUGGGCUUCAUCCAGCACCAGCUAGUGGAGCUGGCCAGAGACUGCCUGGACAAGUCCCAGAUGGGCCUGGUCACCUCGCGCUACUUUAUGGAGCUGCAGGAGAAAGUGGAGAAACUACUGCAUGAGGUGAGGUUCUCUCUUGAAUGACUCAGCUAAAGUCUCGUGCAUACAUUUUGCAUUAGGUAGGCUCUCUCAUAGAAAUAGAUUUACAUGAGUGUAUUCAGGUAUGGAACUUUUGGGAAACUGUCAAAUUGCCGUGGUCUGAGGAGCUUUCCCCUAUUUCUAUUGGCUCUCUCCUGAAUGAUAAAAUGAUACAAGCCUGAUGUAGUAUGUGGGCUGUUCUUUUGGACAUGCAAAUUUAAGAAAUGAACUUAAAAAGAUCUGUUCUUUCAACAUUAAAUUGCAUUGAGGAUAUGUUUAGCCUACGGAAUAAUACCUUUUACCAUCUCAGGCAUGAAAAACCUAUGAACUAAGAGCUUUUUAUCUGCCCUUGUACCACGCUGUCUGUUAUCCCUAUUAUGGGACACUUAUGGAACUGCCUAACAUUUUACAUUAACAUUUUAGUCAUUUAGCAGACGCUCUUAUCCAGAGCGACUUACAGUUAGUGCAUAGAUUACUUUAUUUAUUUAUUUUCAUACCCCCCGUGGGAAUCGAACCCACAACCCUGGCGUUGCAAACGCCAUGCUCUACGAACUGAGCUACAUCCCCUGCCGGCCAUUCCCUCCCCUAGACGACGCUGGGCCAAUUGUGCGCCGCCCCAUGGGUCUCCCGGUCACGGCCGGCUACGACAGAGCCUGGAUUCGAACCAGGAUCUCUAGUGGCACAGCUAGCACUGCGAUGCAGUGCCUUAGACCACUGCGCCACUCGGCUAACUAUUAUUAAAAGCAUGUUUGAGAUAAAUCCAACAUUUUGUCAUGGAUCAAGUAUUCCUUGUACAAAUAAACUCACAUAUAAUAUAAAACAGAUAACCUUACCAUUGGGCCUCUGACAGGGUUGAUGAUAACAGGGUUGAGGUUUUAGGUGAAGAUCGGCCAUUACUCCUCAUGUGGUGAAAAGCAUGGGACCACAUGGUGUUCAUGGAAUUGGGAAUUAUACAUAUGUUCCACACAUAAUGAAAGUCAAAAUCAAAUUAAAAUGUUGAGCUCGACCACCUCAGUCAAAGCUAAAACAAUUAUAAAUACACCAAAAAGAAAGAGAAUACUUACUUCCUUUUCCACCAUGCUGUUCAGAGGACCCAAAUGAUGUCACCUGCUGUGAAUCAUUUAACUUGGUGGAAUGGCGUCCAUUAUUUUAAAGGGGUAAAUUGUUUCCAUAACAGGGUUGGCCUUAAAAUGAGGGACAAACGUAAAUGCAUCACUAAUCACAUGAAUAUAAAUAAUACUCUUCAGAAAUGACUGUCAAAGCAGCAAAAUAACGAGGCCUUUACAAUGAUGGUGAAACUAUGCAAGUAUGUGGACACCUCUUCAAAUUUGUGGAUUCGGCUAUUUCAGCCAUACCCGUUGCUGACAGAUGUAUAAAAUUGAACACACAGCCAUGCAGUAGAAUGGCCCGUACUGAAGAGCUCAGUGAAUUUCAACGUGGCACCGUCAUAGGAUGCCACCUAUCCAACAAGUCAGUUCGUCAAAUUUCUGCCCUGCUAGAGCUGCCUCGGUCAACUGUAAGUGCUGUUAUUGUUAAGUAGAAACGUCUAGGAGCAACAAUGGCUCAGCCGCGAAGUGGUAGGCCACACCAGCUGACAGAAUGGGACCGCCGAGUGCUGAAGCGCGUAACGUGUAAAAAUCACCUGUCCUCGGUUGUAACACUCACUACCGAGUUCCAAACUGCCACUGGAAGCAACGUCCGCACAAGAACUGUUCGUCGGGAGCUUGAUGAAAUGGGUUUCCAUGGCCGAGCAGCCGCACACAAGCCUAAGAUCACCAUGCGGAAUGCCAAGCGUCGGCUGGAGUGGUUUAAAGCUUGCUGCCAUUGGACUCUGCAGCAGUGGAAAUGAGUUCUCUGGAGUGAUGAAUCACGCUUCACCAUCUGGCAGUCCGACGAACAAAUCUGGGUUUGGCUGAUGCCAGGAGAACGCUACCUGCCCGAAUGCAUAGUGCCAACUUUAAUGUUUGGUGGAGGAGGAAUAAUGGUCUGGGGCUGUUUUUUCAUUGUUCGGGCUAGGCCCCUUAGUUCCAAUAACGCUACAGCAUACAAUAACAUUCUAGACGAUUCCGUGCUUCCAACUUUGUGGCAACAGUUUGGGGAAGGCCCUUUCCUGUUUCAGCAUGACAAUACUCCUGUGCACAAAGCGAGGUCCAUACAGAAAUGGUUUUUGGAGAUCCGUGUGGAGGAACUUGACUGGCAUGCACAGAGCCCUGACCUCAACCCCAUCUAACACCAUUUGGGAUGAAUUGGAACGCUGACUGCGAGCCAGGUCUAAUCGCCCAAUAACAGUGCCCGACCUCAAAUGUUUGUGGCUGAAUAGAAGCAAGUCCCCGCUGCAAUGCUCCAAAAUCUAGUGGAAAGCCUUCCCAGAAGAGUGGAGGCUGUUAUAGCAGCAAAGGGGGGACCAACUUCAUAUUAAUGCCCAUGGUUUUGUAAUGAGAUGGUCGAAGAGCAGGUGUCCACAUACUUUUGGAAAUGUAGUGUAGAAGUCCUGGAUUGCAGGGAGCUCAGCCUCAGUGAUGUACUGGGCUGUCUGCACCACCCUGCAAUCGAGGGCGUGCCAUACCAGGCAGUGAUGCAGCCAGUCAAAAUGCUCUCAAUGGUGCAGCUGUAGAACUUUGAGGGCCAAUGCCAAACUUUUUCAACCUCCUGAGGGGGAAGAGGUGCUGCUGCAUGUGUGUUUCGACCAUUUAAAGUAUUUUGUGAUUUGGACACCGAGGAACUUGAAGCUGUCGACCUGCUCCACUGCAGACCCGUCAAUGUGGUAUGUCUUUUUUUUAGAUAAAUAUUUUGCAUUAGCUAGGUUUCCAUCGAAUUGGUGACAUUUUCAUGCGAAUAUUCUAAAAUACGCAUAAAUAAAAUAUGCACAUUUUCCCACCAGACAUGUUUCUCCAUCAAAUUGACUUGGUCUGUGUGUGAUGACGUAGAUAAGUUACUUUUGCAGUUAAAUUCAUGUACCGAAUAAAAAAUACGAGUUUAAUGGGUUUCCAUCGCAUUUACAACUCUACUGAUGGUUUUGUCACAAAAAAAAUGUGUUUACAUAGUGAAUGUGCCCACUCUGGUAUUGGCACAUGCGCUCUAGCUAACAGCUGGCAGACACAGUGCGGGUAUAGCCUACAUGAGAUUAUUAUGGACAACAGAGCGAGAUUAUUUAAAUGUGUCUAUCUGCAGCCGAGCAUCAAUCAUCAUGGGGGGGGGUCAGUCAAUGUAAAUAGUCCGGGUGGCCAUUUGAUUAAUUGUUCAACAGUCUUAUGGCUUGGGGGUAGAAGCUGUUAAGGAGCCUUUUGGUCCUAGACUUGGCACUCCGGUACCACUGGCCGUGCGGUAGCAGAGAGAACUGUCUGACUUGGGUGACUCCAGUCUUUGACAAUUUUUUGGGGCUUUCCUCUGACACCGCCUAGUAUAUAGGUCCUGGAUGGCAGGAAGCUUGGCCCCAGUGCUGGGCCGUACGCACUACCCUCUGUAGCGCCUUACGUCAGAUGCCGAGCAGUUGCCAUACCAGGCGGCGAUGCAACUGGUCAGAAUGCUCUCGAUGGUUCAGCUGUGUAACUUUUUGAGGAUCUGAUCUCCUGAGGGGGAAACCGAUUCUGUUAGGACGAAUGGUGCCACAAGACCCUAUUUUCAUUUAAGAGGUCUAUGAAAAGUGGAUGUAGAACAAUCAGACGGGGUGAUUGACGGCGGGGGCGCUUGCUGGGGAGGGGUGGCUCCCAAACGUCAUCAUCCAAAUCCUCUGCAUCCUCCACUCUGUGGUGAAUAAAAUAAAGGGAUAUAUUGUUGUGGCCCCGUGUAGCUCUGUUAGUAGAGCAUGGCGCUUGUAACGCCAGGGUUGUGGGUUCGAUUCCCACGGGGGGCCAGUAUGAAAAAAAUGAUGCACUCACUAAGUCGCUCUGGAUAAGAGCAUCAGCUAAAUGACUAAAAUGUAAAAUGUUGUAAGACGCACAGAAUUACAGUUGACUCAAUUUAGAAAACGACAUUACUGUAAAGUUAAAAACACCAAGCCUAAACUUUCUGUACAGUGACUCACAUAGGUGUGAAGCACUCACAAUGCAAACAGUAACACUUUGGAGACAAAGGCAGAGAUGAGAACCACAAAUAAACAAUGGCUAUGAGAGUUUAGUGGCCUCUCAAGUUACAAGGAUGAAAUUUAGAACAGUGAACGAAUAUGAAAGACAAUAACUAUAGAAAUUACUUGUUACAUAGGCCUAUGUAAACUAAAUCCAAAGCACAAAAAGCAGACAACUUAUAAAAAACUAAAUACAUAUUGUAAAUUGGCUAUAUAAAGUCAUGAAAAUAAUGUACUUACAGAUCUAAAAGUCGAUCCAAUCCUUCUAGAAAGCAAUAUUCGUCGGCCGUGUCGAAAUCAUUUUUUAAAAACCUUUCCCCCACUUAAAGCAUAAAUUAAAGCGAUGAAAUCUGUUUACAAUGUAAUGUAGCGUGCUCGGUACGUCUCUGAACCAGGUAGCAAUAGUUCGCAGUACGCAUAAAAGCUUCUAGGCCUUGCUUUGUCCCACCCAGGUCCAACUGCAUAUCCCUGGAAAGCUUAUCUCAUUGGCUACAAGACUCAAGGUGCCAUAGUAGCCAAUCUCCUGUGUAAUGGAUGACUACAGCGCGUAAGUAGGCAUCAUCAUAUUUUUUUAUGCGCCAAGAUAUAGUCACUCGGUGGACGUUCGAUGUUGCCAUUAUGUCAUACAUCAUCAGAUAACAUUGGCAAUAUGUUAGAUUUGUUCCUACCAACCAAAGGAUUAAUUUGAUACCCCUCAUGUAGCUAUAGCUCAAACACAGACCAAAUCGAAGCUUACCUUGUAAGAUAUUUGUUGUUUGACGAAAACGAUGUGUAAAAUAAACAUUUUGACUCUCGGGGCUGGUGAUCAAUAACGGUAGGUCACAGGCAGACAAAUAAGACAUCGUCAUGAUCUGUGGAGUCCCAGCUUUAGGUGUGUAUCAACGUAUUCCAUGUUUAUUUCGUUUAUGCUUCACAACGCUAACCGGAAUGUAGGUAGCAGCCAUCUUUAAAUGAGGUCAUCGACUCGGCCUGCCCUUAUAAAUGUGUAUGCCCAUAUAUGGUAGUAAGUCACACCCAAGAUUUUAAGGCACCGAUCAAUAGCCAAGAUACUCAGCUUUCCGCAGACACCCUGCUUUUGCAGUUAGGGGCUACCGUUCUCAUACCAGACUGAAUUGAAUAAAACAAAUCAAAUAGGGUCCCCAAAUAUGGGGACUUCACAUUUAAGAGGAUAAACUGCAUGUCUUCCCGAGUCAUUGUGGCAGGACCACACAACUUCGAUGGUUGGUUGAUGAUGGUUAUUAUAUAAAUAUUUGCGCAUAAAAACGUUUCCACCGACAUUUCUCGCAUAAUGAAUUUUACAGACACAAAAAUAGCCCACCUUUUCUAGUAUAUUUAGUUUUGUCGACAUUAGGAAAGUUUACAGAGAUUACCUGUUUCUAUCAGGCCUGUCGUGAAAUGUUUUAUCCGAUAUGUACUUUAAGCACAUAAAAAGGUUGGAUGGAGACCUGGUUAUUGAUUUCAGUGGCCUCUCAGUGUAUUGAGAACAUUAGAUUGGAAUUGGUCGUUUGAUAGGUGCUCGCCCUGCUUUGAUUCUAAACCAUUAGUUGGCUCCGGCGCAAUUGUCAUUUUACAUUAAAUGGAUCUCUCCAGUCUUACAUGUGAUUGCGUAAGCAGGGCUCAUUGUGUAACUUUCCAUAGGAUCAAUGCUUAACCAUUGCUGUCCAUACAAUGGCUUGCCUUUAUUUUCUGCUUUGUUAGUUUGUUGGCAGAGUUUUUCCCUGUAUGUCAUUCAUUUUUCAAAUAUAGGAUGCAUCUGAGUUCAUUCAGUCCUCUUAUAAUGGUUUGUUUUUGUCAUAAGACCAAAUAUGUACCCUCUCUUCAAAAAAAGAGCCACAUCCUAGACAGAAUUACAGUAUUAUGAAACCCUGUCAUUGUUCGUACACUUUGUUGUACUUUCACAUUAGACGGUGUUGCAGGCUGAUCAGUAUCCCCUGAUCCCCUAUAACAGUCACCAUUUGUCAAAGCAUCGACUACAACUUUUAAACUUUUCUAAAAGUUUAUUGCCAGUCUCAUGCCUGAAUACUCAGGCUUAAAAAAUACUGCACAAUAAUUGCAAUGGAUAUUUGAAGCACAAUUGACUAAGUUAUACUUUUAAUUAAUAAUUAAAAUGCCAUUUAGCAGACGCUUUUAUCCAAAGCGACUUACAGUCAUGCGUGCAUACAUUAUUUUUUGUGUGUGUAUGGGACACUUGAUUGGGCACUAUUUCUGUCACAUUUGUAAUAACUUGAAGCAGUGAAUACUAAGCCAACUACCAACAGAUUACUAGUAAGGAGCAGUUAAAAAAACUCUCUUUAACACUAAUCUUUAAAGGGGAAAUCUGCAUUUUAAACAAUAACAAAGGGCACCCCACCAAUGUUUUGGUAAAAAUAUGAGGGAUGAGGCUGGAGAAAUGUAACCUUCACAAAUAUAGUUUUAAAUAUAUGUUUUGAUGCUAUACAGUGUUUGUUUACAAUUAUAUCAUUUAAAAACAUUGGCGUAAAACUUAUGUUUUGGGUUCUGAUGGGGUGCAACAGUUGAACUAAGCACAUGAGGCAUUCAUAAGUUAUAGUCUUCAAGAAUCAAUGGAGAUAUAUAAUUAAUUUAAAAGUCAAAAAAUGAAUGUAUCAAUUGCAGAUUGACCCAAUGUUUGAAUUAUAUAUAUUUUUUAUUUUUUUAGUAAUUUAGCAGACGCUCUUAUCCAGAGCGACUUACAGUUAGUGAGUGCAUACAUUUUCAUACUGGCCCCCCGUGGGAAACGAACCCACAACCCUGGCGUUGCAAGCGCCAUGCUCUACAGGGGACCUUUUAAGUGAGAACAGCCUGGUUAUUUGAUUGUGAAAGAAUGAGUUAUACUGUAAGUGUUGUAUUUGAUUAUCAUUACUAUACAGACUAAGCCACUUACUUUGACAUUAUACCAGAUUAUUUUGUAAUGCUUCUAUCGCAGUGCUGCCAUGAUGAUAACUAUAAUAAUAAUAAUUAUUAUUAUGUUUUGGUGGGUGCUUAUAUGUACAAGUUUUUAUUAUACUCGUGUAUCAAUUGGAAAUGUUAUUUUUGCAUAUCCCAACUCCCCUUGAGACACCCUCGGAGAGUGGGGACACUGCCAGGGUCCAGACCCUGGAGCAAUUAGGGUUAAGUACCUUGCUCAAGGGGACAGAUUUUUCACCUUUGAACUAGCGACCUUUCGGUUACUGGCCCAACGCUCUAACCGCUAUGCUACCUACUGCCAAUGUCAUAUACCAGGCAUAUAAGGUUCUGUAUUGUUCUUGUCAUGGUGAUCAGGCGUAUGAGCGGUCAGACAGUGAGGAAGUGACCAUCAUCAUCAAGCUGGUGAAGAAGAUUCUCAUCAUUAUCUCCAGGCCAGCCAGGUUACUGGAGUGUCUGGUAAGAUUCCCACACUCAUGAAAAUAUAUUUUUAUUCUCCAUUUCAGGAAGUUGUGCUUGUAAAGCUAACCAACACAACACAUAUGAUUCAUAACAUCCAUGAUGCAUUUUGCCCAGCCUCUAUGAUGUUGUUAAUACUUUUUCAUAGAUUAAGUACAGUGAGAGCUAGUGUUAAGUACUCACCACUAAGUGUACAUACUAGCUUGUUACAGGGUUAUAACACUGUAGAAACCCUGGUAAACAUACAGUAUACCUAUCUAUGUAACGUGAAUCAUAAUAACCAAUAUUCCUAUGGUCUUUACACCACCAAUAGGAGUUUGACCCGGAGGAGUUCUUGCACCGUCUGGAGGCAGCGGAGGGCCAUGCCAAGGUGGGCCAGGUCAUCAAGACAGACAUCCCCCGCUACAUCAUCAGCCAGCUUGGCCUCACCAGAGACCCUCUGGAAGGUACAGUACUGUGGGGCUUCCUCUUCCUGGUAGAAUCCUAGAGUGAUAUAAAGAAGGAUGGGCCUGAGCUAGCAGCCUCACAGAGCUAUCUAAUCUAUACAUCAGCUAAAGCAUGAGCAGUGGGAGCCAUUGGAAGGUAUUUGUAGGGUUUCCUGUUCUUCUUGAUGCAUUCCAUGGUUGACUUCCCCUUAAGUUUCCUAGGCUCAGUUCUAAACCAACCACUAUCUUAAUAUGAAGCACUUUAGGGUUAUUUUAAAACCUGGCCAAGCGGCUACCUGUUGAAAAGAUGCGGCUACCUAGUGAUUCUCCCAUAAUGUCUUUGAAUAUAAUAUGCAAUAGUUCAACUUAUGAUCGCACUGAGUUACAGAGGGGUGACCGUAUGAGGAUAACAAGGGUCAUGUUCAUUAAGGCAUGCAAGAUAAACGUUUAAAACGUCUUUGCUACAGAAAAUGAGUGUUUCGUAUUGUUCAGGUAGUCUCUGCAGGUUUCAGUCUGUUUUCUGUCGUUUGGUGCCUGACCAUGGUCUCUCUCCCACUGUUGUACUGUAGACAUGGUCCAUCUGGAGCAGACCUGCCCUGGGCACGGAGCGGCCUGCAGAGACGCUGACGACACUGGGGAGGUAAGGCAACCAGAAACAGUUUCACUGCAGGAUAAGUUCAGCCCCAUGAUGGUUAGAUCAUAGGAAUGUAAAGCAUUGUAUUAGCAUAGUGUAGCAUGUACUGUGUAGGCCUAUUGCAUGAACUAGCAUGUUCUAGAAUUUAGUUGGCUUGGCUUUAGAUGAGAUGCAUAGAAGAAAGUAAAGAAAGCUCUCUAAAAAUUAUAUAACACAUACUAUGGCAAUUACACAGCUUGUUUAUUCGUUUUGACCUGGCAAAUGUGUUCAGGAGAAAUAGCUUUGUUCUGCAAUUUUGUGUCUCAGAACCGGGCAGCCUGCACUCCUUCUCGCAGGAAACCACUUGAGAGCGACUUUGACACCCUCAAGCUCAUCAGUAACGGGGCCUAUGGGUGAGUACGAGCUCUUCAUUUAUAGCGGUCUUUGAGGAAAUCUGUGUGUGCAAAACGCAGAAGUGAAACUGAAAGAGGAUGUUUUGAAUGUGUGUGCUGCCAUACAGUUGGCAAACAUUUCUUCAACAAAUACCAUGCCAAUGUUUAUGACCAACUGGCCAAAUGCCUGUUCAAAUAUGUUGUUAGUGAUGUGAGGACCCAUUGCGCCAUAUUAAGCCGGGUGUACACUAUACGAUUUUGGCCCUGAUUUAGCUAUCCCAGACAAGUUUUUGAGGUCAGAGACAAAAUCUGCAUGUCGUUGCUUACUCGAGGCCCGCGGCCGUCACCGGCGCUCGUUUAAUGUGAGCGGGUCAAGAGACCCAAUCAGAGGGCUACCGAUCCCGUCUUUGAGCAGUCCCAGAUGUCCCAAAUUUUAUUUUCAAACCGGUUUGAUUUUAUCGGCAGAAAGUCUGCAAUGCUCUUGUAGGGUGAGAUGUGCAACCACAAGUUGGAGAACGGUGAUCAGCAAUAGCCAAUGAGAGCUCACCAGAGAAGAAGCCAGUGAGAUGAUGACAGUGUUUCGCAUCACCCAGAAUCAGUGUUGCCAACUUAGCGACUUUGUUGCUAUAUUUAGCGAGUAUUCAGACCCCUCUAGCGACACAUUUUCAAAAAAGCGACUAGCGACAAAUCUAGUUACCUUUUUCUGGUGUUAUUGGAAACUCUGACGUGAAAGCACGUAUCGUUCUUACUCUUCUCAACGAGCAGCGGGUGCUGCCCCCGUCCCAAAGCGCUCACAGGCCCCACCCCCGUCCCAAAGCGCUCACAGGCGGCCCAGUCCUCACGCAGCAGUCCCUCCCAGCUGCAGUCAGAGCAGGAGAUGUUCACCCCUCCGCGUCCAGACUGCAAAUGAAUCGCGCAUGCGGGAAGCCGCCGCUGGCUGAUCCCGCCCUGGCUUACAUUCAGGGUGGGAUGUAAAUGUAAAACAUUAAAAUAAACAAGAAUCGACAGAAGAAAGUUAAUUUGUAGUUCUAAACAUAUUUAGGGUGUUUUUUACUCACUUUUUGUCUCUCCCACCAAGUUAUUCCUCUCUCCUACAGCGUCCAUCACAAUUACAUGCACAUGGCCAAUUAUGCAAAUUCACCCUGUCCAAUCCUCCCAGAUCUCCAAAAGUGACUAGGGGUUGUUUCUGGAAAGGGCCUGUGUCUAAAUAGUUUUACAGAAGACAGCUCCCUCUUUUUAUCUCCACAACACAAUAUGUCAAAAGCAAUAUGAUUGAUGCUUACUGGUCAUACUCUCUCACAUCAGUGCAAAAGAAGUAACUUAAGACAGUUAUUCAGGUGCUUCUUAUAACAAACUGGCUUUUCUUUCUUUCUUUCUUUCUUUCUUUCUUUCUUUCUUUCUUUCUUUCUUUCUUUCCAUGGUCGCAGUGCUGUGUUCCUGGUGAGGCACAGGGAGACCCGGCAGCGUUUUGCCAUGAAGAAGAUCAACCGGCAGAACCUGAUUCUGAGGAACCAGAUCCAGCAGGUAUUUGUGGAGAGAGACAUCCUGACCUUCGCUGAGAACCCCUUUGUCGUCUCCAUGUUCUGCUCCUUUGAGACUCGCAGACACCUCUGUAUGGUCAUGGAGUAUGUAGAAGGUAGGUUCUUAAUGAAGAUCUACACCCCUGCAGACUCACACAGACAUAUAAUUUAUAUGGAAGGGUAGAAUCCACUGGAAUGUCAUACAAGAUUCACACGCACACACACAUUUGAUUUUUACACACUCAUAUGCUACGUAUUGAUUUACAGACGCUACCACUGCAUGGCUAUGGAGCAUGACAGUACAUCAGAAUACCACCUUACCCUCACUCAACCCGCUUAUUCUAAACGUAAUGACUCCAAAUUCACUCUUUGGGUGAAAUUAGCCCAAGGCGGAGAUUAGUUGAAAUGAUUGUCAGAUAAUAAACGUAUAUUAUAGCGGCUGUAACUCUGAUGCCUUGCAGUUCAAAUUCAAGUCUCAGCAGCACACAAAUCAAAUCAGGCUCUCAUGGUCGUUGCUGCCAGCCUUUAACACAGUCUGUUGGCGUGCCAUCUUCCUCCUCAGGUGGGGACUGUGCCAACCUGUUGAAAAACAUUGGCCCGCUGCCAGUGGACAUGACCCGGAUGUACUUUGCAGAGACUGUCUUGGCACUGGAGUACCUCCAUAACUAUGGCAUCGUACACAGAGACCUGAAACCUGACAAGUGAGUCUGGAACCUGACUAUCCAGGUGUCCUGCUCAUAGUAUACAGUAAUGAAAGUGUGGCAGUGUGUAUUCUGCUUUGUGUUCAUGGUGUUGUCAUUUUCAAACUAGGCCUACCGGUGUAUUCUUUUUCAAACUAGGUCUAUUUUCUAUAGGCAUUUUAAAGAUGGUAAAUGAUCAGAGACACCGGAGAAGAGCACUUCUUUGGUUAUGUGUAGAACAUACAUUCUGGAAGUUUUUUACACAAAGGCUUUUUUCGGCCUUGUUCACUAUCCAGCAUCAACUUCUGUUCUGUGGUAAAUUAUUGUUUUCUAAUGUAUUUUCUUCCUGUGUAGUUUGCUGAUCACAUCCAUGGGCCAUAUCAAGCUGACUGACUUUGGCCUGUCCAAGAUCGGCCUGAUGAACAUGACCACCAACCUGUAUGAGGAACACAUUGAGAAGGACACAAGGGAGUUCAUAGACAAGCAGGUGAGCUCAAUCUUUCUCUAUCCUCUUUCUCUCCAUUUUUGUCUAAAUUGUUUUCUAAUUUCCUCUCCAUCUCUCUUUCUCUCUCUCUCUCUCUCUCUCUCUCUCUCUGAUACCUUCUCAUUCUGUUUAUCUACCUGACCUAUACUCUUUUUAUUGUCCAAUGCCCAUUCUUAAAUCCUCCCUUCUUCUGGUUCUCUGUCUCAGGUGUGUGGUACUCCAGAGUACAUUGCCCCAGAGGUGAUCUUAAGGCAGGGCUAUGGAAAGCCGGUGGACUGGUGGGCUAUGGGCAUCAUCCUCUAUGAGUUCCUGGUGGGCUGCGUGCCUUUCUUCGGGGACACACCCGAACAGCUCUUCGGACAGGUGGUCAAUGGUGAGAGUCAUCUCAUGAAUGGGAAACGUUAGCCUGGUUAAAUUAGACUGAAUGCUAUGUUUACUAUUGUUCACUCUGGUUUAUCCAGGCUAGGGUAAUGUGGCUUUGACUGGUCAAAUUAAUUCAAUGAAUAGGAGGUGCCUGUAGAGCCUAUCUGUUGCCAUGGAUUGCAUGCGAUCACAGUCUUCUUGACCCAAAGACACCCUCUAUCUUUUCUUACUCUGUGAUAGGCAAAUGUCCAUAGUGCCAGAUGUCUUUCAAACAUCUAGUCACCAAUGUCAAGAAGAACUUCUCGUCAUCAAUAUCACAGUUCCCAACUACCAGUCUAUUUGAAUUAUUGUCAAAUGUUUCAUGUUGUAUUGUGUGUAAUUCAGAUGAUAUGGUAUUCAGAAAUGUGUGUAUUUCACAGAUGACAUCAUCUGGCCCGAGGGGGAGGACGCCCUGCCUGCUGAUGCCCAGGACCUGAUCACCAGGUUGCUGAGGCAAAGCCCUCUGGACCGUCUCGGGACUGGUGGGUGGCUUCUUUAUUACCUUCUUCAUUUGUCAUUUUGGAGUCACUUCUAUUGUAAAUUGGAUUAGAAUAUUUCUGAACGCUUCUACGUCAAUGUGGAUGCUACCAUGAUGUUUAUGGAGAAUCAUGAAUGAAUCGUGAAUAAUGAUGAAUGAGAAAGUUAAGAGGCACACAUACAAAUCAUUAUAUUCUUCACUGAAACAAUUCAAUGUCAUGAUCAUUGUUUUUAUUACUAAGAUGGUUUGAUGAGCUGAAUCAAAAAUGCACCACCUAAAGUGAUAUGGGUUUGACUAUAUUGACCAUAUUGAUUACUGGUUUGAUCAACUCAAUGAUCAAAUCAUUUAUCCCUAUGUUACUCCCAGGGGGGACACCAGAGGUCAAGAUGCAUAGGUUCUUUGUGGGUCUGGACUGGAAUGGACUGUUACGACAGAAAGCGGAGUUUAUCCCCCAACUGGAGACUGAGGACGACACCAGCUACUUUGACAGUAGGUGGCGACCUUUACCACUCUCAUUGGGAGUAUUUAAAUGUUGUUGUUGUGUAAGACGCUGAAGGUAGAAGUAGCCUGUAAACACUGCUCUAUUAUCCUUACCCCCAAGCCUAAUCUUAAUCAUCAAGGGCGGUGAAACUAUCUGACUCAGGGUCAGUGGUUAGGGCGAACAUAACCUGCUCUGCGCUGGACGAGUGUGUAGGCUACUGACUUGUAAUGUGUGUUGCUCUACAGCACGAUCUGAGCGAUACAGUCACCUGGGCUCAGAUGAUGAUGAUGAUGAUGAUGAGACCUGUGAUGAAGACACGUCCCUGGAGCUCAAGCAGUUCUCCUCUGUGGCACAUCGCUUUAGCAAGGUGGGAAAUGACCCAAUGUUUGUUCAUAUUGUUUAAGAUUUAGACUUUACCAAACAUAUAUUUACUCCGAAGAAUACUCCUUGCAACACUGCCCCUUUUUAAAAAAUCAUCAUGAUUUGGCUUGUCAGAACGAGAUACAAAAAAUAUUUGUCAACUGUAAAAUGACUCUUCCCUUAAUGCGAGUCUCACUGUAAUGACUUACAUUUACGUCAUUUAGCAGACGCUCUUAUCCAGAGUGACUUACAGGACUCCCCUUUAAACCGCUCAAAACUGAAAUUACCUGUGGUUUUGUUAAAAAGCAUUAUUUGUUUAUUUUUCUAGGGGGAGGUCAUGCUUGUUGUUUCACUAAACGUUUUUUGUGACCUUUCUCUGACUUCUGACCUCUUUGUGCCCCCCAGGUGUACAGCAGCACAGAGCACCUGUCCACCUCCACGCCAUCCAAUCAGAGCCUGUCGUCGUCAGAGCGCAGCCACAGUGAGGAGAAGGAGGAGAGGUGGGAGGGGAGGAGUUGCCUCUCCCCAGGAGAGGGACACAAACAGGGGGCCAGCGGGGACUGGAGGACGGAGGGACACAGAGGAAGGUGAGAGACAGAGAAAGGUCCUUGGUACAAUAACACAGCACUCAGACUACACUAUGUUUCGUGUGAAGUUGAGACUAGUCUAGCUUUAGCCGGAACAUCGGCAAAAUUCAUUAAACACCGUUAUAUUUGCCUUUUUCUAUGGUUAUAAGGGAGACAUCACAUUCAACUCCAAAUAACUAUUGAAAACAUGCACACAUUCUAAAGUUAAAUAUUAAUUAGUGGGCAGAAACUGUCAUUCUUCCAUCCGUUCUAGCAUAAUCAGAUCGCAACUACCCUCUCUGUAAGUGUAUCCUUUCUUGUCCUUGUUAACGGCAUUCUGUUCUCCUCCCCUCCUAUACUCCAGCCUGCGUCCCAGGGCCUCCUCCAGUUCGUCCCAGUCAGAGAGGAGUGCCAGUCCGCUGGUGAUGAACAGCACCCAAAGCCUGGACACCUUGCCACGUUUCACCAUCUCAGCUGAGGAAGAGGGUGAGUUGAGACUGCACUGGUUCACACACAUAAAUGUGUUUAGGCCUACACACGCAUACUGAGAGACAUAGACACACUUUCUUUCUCUCUCCCUCUCUCUCCCUCCUCUUAGACGGCGUAGUGUCCAACUUGCGGCGUAUCCGUCUGCGCAGUAAUAGCACGGGCACGCGGCCCUCCUACAGGCGCGGGGGGUCCCGCCGCAUCGGGCACCAGUUGGACACCCCCGAGAAGCCCAGGCCCCCUGCGGGCUGCAAGGUCCCCAAGUCAGCCUCUGUCUCUGGCCUGUCCCUCAUCAUCACCCCAGGUUGGUAAACCUACUGGAGCUAGCUAUCUUGUACUAGCAUACGCCGACAUUAAGAGAGGUCUGGUCUCAAACGGUACCCUAUUCCUGGUAGCAUGCAUUGCUUCAUAGAAUUCUAUUUCUAUAGAUUGCUUUUGUCCAGAGCUAUGACUAAAAGUAGCAUUUUAAAUGGGCCAUUCAUUUGAGAUGCAGCCACUGUCUCUGGGUUAGCAUAAUGCUAGCAACAACACACACCUAUUAUUGUUUAUGGAUAUGUAGCCUGUAUGAUUGAUAUGCUUGUUCCGACUUCAUAAACAGACUUUGCUAAAUUCUUUAAGAAAUGCCUUAGUCCUAACGUAUGGCCUCUCUCCAUACUCCCAGACACUGCGGACGGUCCCCCCACCAGACCCAAGUCGUCCCUGUCCUCCAACCCCUCGUCCCGGGACUCGUCUCCCAGCCGAGGGGACCUGUCCCUCGGCAUCAGCAGCCUGCGCCCACCCGUGGUCAUCCACAGCUCUGGGAAGAGGUUUGGCUUCGCCCUGCACGCCAUCCGUGUCUACAUGGGUAACUCAGACGUCUACACCGUGCACCACAUGGUCUGGGUAAGUGUCCCUACCACAGAAUGAAAUAGAACACUAGAAUGGAUUUUGGCACCCCAGCAACGUAACUACGGGAUGGCCAUCUUGGUCAGGGAAAUCGGGCAAUUCUAGUCUGUAUCGCUAUGGUUCCUAGUACUGCUGCAGUCAUGCUUAAAGUAUUGGGACUUGCUUUUAUAGGCUGAUUGAACUAUUUGUGUGGUCUGGGAUUGGUUUAUGUUGUUUAGUUAUUUCAUUAUGUGUCGUAUUUGUUUAUAACAGCACUUGUUCGUCCAAAUACCAAAUGUCUGGCUGAUUUUUAAUCUAUUGGGAUUAUUAUUAGUGAGUGUGCCAGUCUUACAGUUUCUACUUUAGCCAAAAUGUUAUUUUGUCUUGUUGUACAUUUAGUUUCUAAAAGCGUUGAUGAAUGCCAAAGCAGUCAGGGUUACAUUCUGAUCGGCUCUUCUUCAUGUGUUCCUGUAGUGUGUGGAGGAGGGCACCCCGGCUCAUGAGGCAGGGCUGAGAGCCGGUGACCUCAUCACCCACGUGAACGGAGAGUCGGUCCAGGGGCUUGUGCACACUGAGGUGGUGGAGCUGCUGCUCAAGGUGAGACCCACUGGAAGAGGACUGUCUUAAUACUCCUUCUUCCCUCCUCCAAAUUGUACCAUAUUAUUUUCACCUGUCCAGUAUUUGGAGCACAGUAAACCAAUAGCCCUUCUAUUCACAGAGUGGCAACAAGGUGACGCUGCAGACCACAGCCCUGGAGAACACCUCCAUCAAGGUGGGCCCAGCCAGGAAGACCAGCUACAAGAGCAAGAUGGCUCGACGCAGCAAGAAGAGCAAGAGGCAGGACGGCCAGGACUGGUAAGAGCAGAACAUUACGGCUGUCCAUUAUGUUACUCCAGUCACCACUACUAAUGUGUAGCACCUACAGUGAGCUCCAAAAAAUAUUUGGACAGUGACACAUACAAUGACUAUUAGAUUAAAGUGCAGACUGUCAGCUUUCAUUUGAGUGUAUUUUCAUCCAUAUUGGUAGUGGUGAACCGUUUAGAAAUUACAACACUUUUUGUACAUUUUAGGGAACCAAAGGUAUUUUGACAAAUUCACUUAUGUGUAUUAAAGUAUACUGAAUAAAAAAUGUGAUGUAACAUGUAAAGUGUUGGUCCCAUGUUUCAUGAGCUGAAAUAAAAGUUCCUAGAAAUGUCCCAUCUGGACAAAAGGCUUUAAAAAUUGUGAGUGUGGUUUAUCAAGAAGCUGAUAAACAGCAUGAUCAUUACACAGGUGCACCUUGUGCUGGGGACAAUAAAAUGCCACUAAAAUGUGCAGUUUUGUCACAACACAAUGCCACAGAUGUCUCAAGUUUUGACGGAGUAUGCAAUUGGCUGACUGCAGGAAUAUCCACCAGAGCUGUUGCCAGAGAAUUGAAUGUUAAUUUCUCAACAUCAUUUUAGAGAAUUUGGCAGUACGUCCAACCGGCCUCACAACCGCAGACCACGUGUAACCACACCAGCCCAGGGCCUCUGCAUCCGGCUUCUUCACAUGCAAUAUCGUCUCAGACCAGCCACCCUGAUUUGAUCAUUGGCAAUUUCAAUACACAGCGAUACCGUGACGAGAUCCUGAGGCCCAUUGUCAUGCGAUUCAUCCGCCGCAAUCACCUCAUGUUUCAGCAUGAUAAUGCACGGCCCCAUGUCGCAAGGAUCUGUACACAAUUCCUGGAAGCUGAAAAUGUCCCCGUUCUUCCAUGGCCUGCAUACUCACCAGACAUGUCACCCAUUGAGCAUGUUUGGGAUGCUCUGGAUCGAUAGAAUGUUCCAGUUCCUGACAAUAUCAAGCAGCUUCGCACAGCCAUUGAAGAGGAGUGGGACAACAUUCCACAGGCCACAAUCAACAGCCUGAUCAACUCUCUGCGAAAGAUGUGUCGCACUGCAUGAGGCAAAUGGUGGUCACACCAGAUCCUGACUGGUUUUCUGAUCCACGCCCCUACUUUUUUAAGGUAUCUGUGACCAACCGAUGCAUAUCUGUAUUCCCAGUCAUGUGAAAUCCAUAGAUUAGAGACUCAUUUAUUUAUUUAAAUUGACUGAUUGAUUUAUAUGAACUGUAACUCAGUAAAGUCUUUGUAAUUGUUGUGUUUAUUUUUUUGUUCAGUGUAGUUAAGUUUAGUUAAGUAUUUGGACCCUUAUUCCUAGCACACAAAGACUUUACUUUACUGCAUUUGCAGUUUGUUUUGGUUGUGUUCCAGAUGUGCCCAAUAGAAAUGAAUCGUAAAUAAUGUAUUGGGUCAUUUUGGAGCAACUAUUAUUGUAAAUAAGAAUAUAAUAACAAAACAAACAAAUAUGGAAUUCUGUGCUGCCUAAUGCUAAUAUCGCAAUCUUUUCUAUCCACAGAAUCAGUGUAUUAUAACGUCACAUGAAAGGGAUUGCUGAAAACCUUUAUCCAUAUCCACUUAAAUUGAAUCCCAUUUCUUUCCUGUAGUAGACGACGUAGCAUCUGGAAGAAGAUAGCCAAGCACACCACUCCUCCCAUGCAGAGCAGUCGCAGUUUCUCCUCCGGCUUCCAGCAUUCAGUGUCCUCCAGUGACAGCUUGUCUGGCUCCCCCACCCAGAGCCUCUCGCCUGGGCCCAGCACACCCUGCCGCUCCCCCGCCCCCGACCAGUCUGGAGGUGAGUAGCUAGCCUCUAUUGGAUGUAAACUGUGGUUCUAUAGUCAGCCAUUUUGUGUUGUGCAUAUUUUAAUGUAAUAAGGUGGGUAUAUGACCAUGUUUCAACCAUUAUGAUAUACCAAGUCAAUUGGUAUCUGAAUAGAAGAUACCUGGGUUAUGUAAAAGCUCUUGGUUUUCAUGGUACAUGUCAUACAGAAAUGCAGGCAAAAGUUGAUUCUCAUUAUUAUCAGAGCAGUUAACAGCACUACAGCGAGAAUGUUUUCUUUGUAACGGAAGAAAUCAAAGGCUUAUCUACAGCAUGUUCUCCUGUACUAUCUCUUCUCAGACUCCAACUCCCCCCAGAGCUCCUCUCCCUGCUCCAGCUCUCCCAACUCCCCAGUCUCCCAGGCCCGUCCCAGUUCCCUCCACGUCCUGGGCCGCUACACCAAUGCAGGCCGCUGCAAGUCCACCAGCAGCAUCCCCCCCUCCCCGCUAGCCUGUAUCCCCCCUCCGCAGCCCCUUUCCCCCCAGUGCUCUCAGUCCUCCCUUCCUGGCCUGUCCAAGGGCCUCCAUGGCAAGACCCUGUCCCCUCCCACCAUUGCCCGCCACUCUGUCCGCCCCCGCAGUGCCGAGCCGCCCCGCUCCCCCCUCCUCAAGAGGGUGCAGUCAGCUGAGAAGCUCUCUGGGGCGUACCACGGCGACAAGAAGGCCUACGCUACCCGCCGACACACCAUGGAGGUGCCCCUAUCGGAGGGGGAGGGGCUAGAGGACCUGGAGGCGGGGGAUACGGCCACAGGGUUUGUCUGUGUGGGGGAACAACAUGGCCGCCAGGGCCUGUAUCUGGGCGGUCAGAGAAGCCACAGGGAGUCGGCCAGCAGCGACCACCGCAGUGACCACUGCUCCAAGGAGUUGGUGAUGAGGAAACUAGCCCUGUCCGAGAGGAGGGACUCCUUUAAGAAGCAGAAGGCGGUGCAGGAGGUGAGCUUUGACGACCCGGAGGAGAAGAAGGUGCCAAGACCCACGCUGCCCGUCAGGCAGCCACGGUUUAAGGCAUCCUGGUUCAACUUGGCUCAGUCCGACUGGAGCCUGGAGGCGGCGGGGCGAGGAGCACAGGGUACAGCAGCGCAGAUAUCCAAACCAAAAGAGAGGGAGGGGUAUUAGCCUAGCGUUGCUCCAAGAAGGUGAAAGGUAGUCUCACUCAAGACACCAAGACUCUAGACUAAGGUUACAUACUCUCUUACCGUACAGUAUAUGAAGGGCUUGCAUGUUUAUCCGCAAGAAUAUACUCAAGCUGUGCCAAUCGAGGCAACCAGAGGGAGAGAAGAACCAAAAAAAAGCUGUUACACGAUCGAGUUACAGUAUGCAUCCUACCACACUGUAAACAAAAACUGAGUGCCAAAAUUGGUUUACAUCCUGUUUUUGGUUUCCCCCUCCCCUGAAACAUGUUUGUACUUUGUAAAUAUGUUUUUUUUACUGAAAUAACCUAUUCAUUACUUUUUAACGUUCAUUUCAUUUUGUUUCAGGGCUGAAUAUGAUGUAUUAUUGGCCCUUUUUUGUGGAAAUUGCACAAAUUAGGUGCGGCCAUUCUGUUGUGUGAAUUGAUAAGAGACGUGAGGAAACUAAAUUAAGAACAAAUGUUUAGAUGUGGUUUCUAGAUGGAGACAGCGGAUUAAGCAAUUUAUUGUCCAUUAUCUCUGUAAAAUGUUCAAUUGGUUAACAUUUCCAAAAGUGUUUAAUGACUUGGAAAAUGGCUGCUGAUUUUGUCUGAUCAAAUACGGCCUUUCAAACGUAAGUUGAAUGUUUAUGUACAAAAGUGUGUCCUUUAAUUCAGUGCGGUCUUUAACACACUAGAACAAUAAUGUGUUGGUAAUGAUUUGUAGUCACUAUCUGGACUGGAUCCAAGAGAAUCAGGGAAAGUGUAUCACGUUUUAAAAGACCUUGGCACAAGUAUGAAAGGUAUCUAAAUUCAGUAUGCUUUGAAAUAGUGCCCCUGUGCCAAAGCAUGGAUUUCUCAUAGGAACCCUUCUAAAAAAAAGAGGUAGUGUACAUAGGAGGCUUCAGGAAUGGGCCAUGCCCUGUCGAUCAUCCAGUGAUAUCAUCAAAUGGAUUCCACCAAUUCUCUCAUUGGUUUAAAUCACAAAAUGAUUGACAGGACACAAAAUAAAUUAAGCUUAGUUCUGCCAUUACUACCUUUUGAUACUAGAUUGUUGCCGAUCCUGUAAUGCCAUACUUACCUACUUGUUGAAGCAAGCUACCCUACAAUCUAAUUUAGCAGGAGUGCAUUUGUACAGGUGAGGCAUUUCCCCUUAACGCUGUUCUCAAUAUUUUUCAGAACCCUUGUUUAAGAAUCACACAGUGUAUGUAGGAACUGGCUCCCUUUGCUGUUUUUAAACCAUGUUAUAUGAAUGUUUACAUUUUGGGGGGCAAAUGUGUACUGUAUAUGAACUUCUUCCAUCUGCUGUUAAAUUAUUACAACGAAUGACGGGAAAUGGCAGGAUUCCAACACAAUAAAUGGAACUGUUUUUUUGUAUAUUUUGACAUGGAAGCACUCUUGUUACAUUGCUGAUUCACCAAUGCUAUUUACACACACCAUAACUAAUAUAACGGCAGUUGGCAAUGAUUAAAAAGUGAGUUGGCAAUGCUUAAAAAGUGACUUUUUGGGGGAUAGAACAACAGACUUGACAGAGGUUUGGUGAGAGAUUUGAAGAUGGUUUUGCUCUCAACUUUGUAUACUCCUUGGAACAUUGUUUUCUUCUGCAACUAUGGAAUUAACAACCAAAAUGCUUCCACUCUUGGUUAUUUCAAAUAAACUGUAAUAUUAGGAUGAGCUGUCGUACUGUAUGUCAGGUGAUGUUAGGAACACGUGUUUCACAGUUUGCUUUGGAUAUGGGAAUAUUGAUGGAGUUAAAAUAAUAAUUUAGCACCAACUAAUAAUUUAACAACUGGAACGAGAUAGGAUAGCGGAAGGUCAAAUCUAAAACGUAUCUACUUGUUUUAUUACCCAACUUUGUUUACUUAAUUAGUACUUGAAACAAAUGUGUGGUUUGAGGAUAUAAUCAAAUAAGUAAUUCAAUUCACAAUGGAUUUCCCAGAUCUUGAUAUUGUCAAAGUGUGGUCCCUUUAUUAGAAAUACUGCAUCUUGUUACUGUGUCAUCAUAGUAGAAAUUUUUACUGAAUAACUACAUGUUAUAUUUGUCAGAGGUUGUUUUCAGGGUCUUGCUUGCUAGAUAAUUUGUCUGAUUCUUACAGUAUGGCUAAGCUGACCUCGAUUGUGAACAUAUAAUCAUUCUGCAUUUCUACACUGUUCAAUGAUACACAAAAAAACACUGGUUCUGAAUGUACCCAAAUGAGUGUAAAUUUUUUACGUCACUGAAUUGUAUUAAUUUAGGGGUCUUUUAAUUCAACUUCAAUAAUAAAGGGGGUGAAGUAUGAGGUGCACACAGUAUACAACCAACUGAUGAUACCUUCUCACAUUUUUCCUGAUAUAUGAAAAAGGGGACAUUUGUAAUGUUGAUUUCUUCACAUGGGUGGUCAAUUGUAAUUAAUAUAGAUAAUUCACAUUGUUUUGUUCUGUCUUACCUUAGUGGCCCUCGAACAACUUCAUUUAAUAUUUUCCAAACUGGUUUCUGGUGAAAGUUGGUGGAAAUCCAUUGUUUUGUCUAACAGUGUUUAAAAUAAAUGAAUGACAAAAG